AUGAAACCACAAGAUAUCUCUACCGUAUGGAAGACUAAGGAACUCAGCUUUGACGCCAUCGUCGAAUGGGGAUUGAAUACCAUCUUCAGCCUGUCUCCGAACGCGGUCCAACGACUACAUCUCGACGGUCCCGAUGGAACGGGUUCAAUGUACGCCAGCUCUCAUACCUUUUUCCGAGAUCAUCUUGCGCCUGGGAAGCCCCUGGAAACCAUCACUAGCGAUUUUGUGGGGUACAUGAUGAAGGAUAUCGAAACCGUCAAGCAGAAACUUCGUAAAGCCCCAGGGGGAAAGCUUCGAGUUGAUCUCAUGCACUGGAUCAGACAACGCGUCGGUAUUCCCUCGACCAACGCUAUGGUAGGGGAAGGACCACUACGAUAUGAUCCCGGCAUCCUGGAUGCCUUGGCUAAGUUUGAUACGGAUAUGUUGCGUCUCUCCAGUGGAUUGCCGAAGUGGAUCAAUAAGGACGCACACGACAACGUGCGACGUCUCUCAGAUGCGUUUGCGCAUGGGCUAGAAGGAGAGAAGGGCAUAUAUUGGGUCGAAAAGCGUAUGAAAAUGAUGGAAGAUCGAGGGAUUUCAUUCCGAGACCAGACCACCGCCACAAUGUCCAUCUGGCAAGCACUACAAGCAAAUGCUAUACCAGUGAUAUUCUGGAUGGUAUACGAGCUUCUUCGGAACCCUGAUACUCUCCAAGAGUUGAUGCAGGAGGCCAGACCGUCUUUGGGUGCAAAUGGCAAUCUGGUAGACAUAGAGUAUCUUUCCACCAAGACACCAAAGCUCAACGCUUUCUACUGGGAGGUUCUUCGAUACGCCUCUGGAAACACAUCAGUCCGUCAAGUGCUCGAGACAGUCUCGAUUGGUGGUCGAACGCUCUACAAGGGUGCGAUGGUCAUGCUACCUUCUCGCCCGCAUCAUAUGAAUCCCGAGAUAUUUGGGGAUGAUUGCGACAAGUUCGUCCCGGACCGCUUCCUGCGCGACGGCAAGGAGCCGGGCAAACUCAACCCCGGUAUUCGCUCCGUCCGUGCAUUCGGAGGCGGAAAUACCCUCUGUCCUGGGCGCCAUUUCGCAACGAAUGAAGUCUUCUCCGCCGUAGUCACCAUCUUCAAUACCUUUGACAUUUCCCUCGUAGACCCAUCCCAAAGUGUAUACCCCCAGACGGAAAGAUCUACAUUGGCUACUUUUCCCCCAAACGAGACUGUGUUGGCCGACAUCAAGCUCAAAGAGGGAAGGUAG